AUGAAGACAGUCAAAGGAAUACUCGUGGAGUCCACUGGCAAGCGAUGGCCAAAGGACAGUAUCGGGGACAUUCUGAAACACGUGCGCGGCCCUCAACAUGGGUUUUCCUCUGAGAGAUACUUUUACUUGUGGAACUAUGAAAACGAUGAGGGAGCUAUAUUAACUAAAACGAAAGGAGGAAAUUAGAAACAGAUGAACGCUGAUUUCAUGAAGCUGGAAGUAGAGAUGCUGGAGCCACUCAAGUACUCAUCUGGUAAGUACUAUAUCACACUCUAAGCGUGUACCAUGUAAACACAUCUACGAUGUUAAACCCGUCGAUGAUGUGCUACCCA